AUGGUUUCUUUCUCUUCUCUCGUCGUCACUCUGACGGCUUUCGCCGGGGCUCUCGCAGCCCCGGGUGAAUUAUUGAAACGCCAGUCGACUCCCUCAUCCACCGGGACGCAUAACGGGUACUACUACUCGUUUUGGACUGACGGAGGCUCUCAAGUCACUUAUACAAACGGUGCCGGUGGCCAGUACAGUGUUGUCUGGCAAAGUGGCGGCAACUUCGUGGGAGGCAAAGGUUGGAACCCUGGUGGCCCAAGGACCAUCACCUACUCUGGCACCUACAGCCCGAACGGCAACAGCUACCUAGCUGUUUACGGCUGGACGAGAAACCCCUUGAUCGAGUACUACAUCGUCGAGUCAUUCGGAACCUACAACCCGUCCAGUGGGGCAACAUUAAAGGGCUCCGUUACCAGCGACGGCAGCGUUUAUGACAUCUACGUUAGCACUCGUACGAAUGCUCCGUCCAUCGAAGGCACCAAGACCUUCCAGCAGUAUUGGUCUAUUCGCCGAAGCAAGCGUGUCGGCGGUACCGUUACAACAGGGACCCAUUUCAACGCCUGGGCACAAGUCGGCCUGAACUUGGGCACACACGACUACAUGAUCGUUGCCACGGAAGGUUACUUCAGCAGUGGCUCUGCUACUAUCACUGUUGGUGCCUCAGAUGGUGGAAGCAGCCCCCCUCCUAGCAGCCCCCCUCCUAGCAGUCCUCCGCCCACGAGCCCUCCACCCAGCAGCGGUGGAGGCACUUGUGCCGCCAAAUGGGGCCAAUGCGGUGGCUCCGGAUACAGCGGGCCUACUUGCUGCCAGUCUGGCUCUACCUGUCAAGCUCAGAACCAAUGGUACUCUCAGUGUAUUUAG